AAAAUAAAAUAAUAUCACAUAUCAAAAUUUAUAUAACAAGAUAAGAUAGUUUGCAUCUAUUCGUUUAUAAGAUCAUGUCUUAACAAUGGACCUUCUUAAAAGUAACUGGGCUUAACUUUUAAGGCAGCUAGCAGGAAAUCAACCGUCAAUCAUGAUUAAAACCAACCAUAACGAAUCAACGUCAACCACCAUAAACAUAACCAACUAUGAGUCAACGUCAACAACGAUAAACAUUACCCACAAUGCAUCAUCGUAUACCAUGAUAAACAAUACCACCAACGAAUCAGUUAGCAGAUGGAAUUUAGCAUCUGAAGAUCAGGACUUUGGACAAUCAUGGAUCAAUUUAGUUGUUGGAUGCAUAUUAUUAACUACUACUACAUUAUCAAUAUUUACAAAUGGUACUUGCUUGUAUGUUUUCUUCAUCAAAAAGCGAUCCAUGUUGACCAGGAUAAACUCGUACAUGGCUGUCGUUUGUAUACUGGCUUUUACAAAGGCAAUUAUUGGUUAUCCUAUGGUUAUCUCAUCUAGUUUUGCAGGAUAUUGGCUCUUUGGUGAUGCUGGUUGUAUGUAUUAUGGAUUUUUAAUGACGACCUUUGGUUUGUGCACUAUGUUUACUUUAUCUUUGAUAUCUGUGGACCGGUAUCUCAUGGUAGUGCUUUGUAAGUUUAAUGGACUAUCCAUAAACUCAUUUAGCAUUUCUGCCAUAUCAGGAAGCAUACUUUUUUCAGUAAUUCUGGCUAUGGGUCCAUUAUUUGGAUGGAACAAAUAUGUACGAGAAGGAUUAGGAACCACUUGUUCUCCCGAUCUCGAAUUGACAGAUGCUUUAUCCCGAUCAUAUUUAACGGUAUUGAUGAUUGUCGCAUUUGUUCUACCACUUGCAGUUAUGGGAUUUUGUUACUGGAAAAUAUUUUCGAAGGUGAUGGAGACUAGGAAAAAUCUUUUUCCGGGCAACAAACACACAGAUACGCCAAUGUCAAUGACAAGAAAAAAGAAUAUCAACCUGGAAGUAAAACUAGCACUGACUUUAGUUUAUAUUGUGGUUGCCUUCCUGCUUUGCUGGGCACCCUAUUCAGUUACCAUGAUUUGGGCAAUAGUGGAUGCAAAAUCCUUAACACCUCUACUAAUUUCAAUUCCAUCAUUAGUGACAAAACUUGGCAGUUGCUUUACACCAUUGGUUUACAUGGGACGAGAUCGGAAAAUGCGAAGAGUGGUAAAGGAACACUUUGAGUGUCUGAGGUCAGAAUCAGAGAACUUUAUAUUCAAUCAGAAAGAAAUAGUUCGUCCAGCUGCUAGUAAUGCUAGUAAUGUUAAUACAUUAUCUACAAAAGCACAUACAAAAACAAAAAGUAGCUGUAACCCGGAAAAAAUGUCUAAAAGGAGUAAGACAGGCCUAGGACAAACCAUAAAUGAAACCGUAGUUUAGGAAACACUAUUCGAAAACACCAAGCACCAAUAUAUUAAAACUUUUCUCGGAUACAUUAUUUUUUUAUGAAUUUUUGUUUUUUGUUAUUGCCAUCGAUAUA